AGUCAAAAACGUGUAUGCCUUGCGAGAUUACAUCAAAUACGGAGAAUAUGGAGAUCAAUGAAAAGAGAGGUGCCGUCGGCGGAUCUGACGUAUUGAGUAAUAAAGACAAUGAACAGCCUCGUAAAAGAAAAUAAUAGAAUGGUUUCCGGGUCAGAUUUUACAUGCAAAGUGAAGAAUAGUUCUCUUUCUAAACAGCGUAAUAUACAGUGUUUGAUUAACCUAUAGUUGCACCAGAACGGAAAAUAUAACCCAGGCGGAAGCAAAGUAAGGAAAAGGCUCAUACAUUCCGGAUAUAACUUAAUUUGUCAGUAACCAUGAUCACAAACAAUUAAAGUAUCACGGAAAUAGAAAAAAAUCAUUUCUGAUAUGUCAAUAAACGGUAGACAAUAAAAGAACUUCAGAUUCUUGGACAUAAACAAAUCUAAACGAAAUAUAUUCAAUGGAAUGAGAUAAAUCAAACCCAAAAGGUUCAAAGGUUCGUUUAAAAAGAAAUUUGUAUAACAUCAAACACGGAGAAUAUGGAGAUCAAUGAAAAGAGAGGUGCCGUCGGCGGAUCUGACGUAUUGGGUAAUAAAGACAAUGAACGGUCUCGUAAAAGCCGCACAGCAAUUAGUCAACCAAAUUUUCUGAACCCGCAUCCGCCGCGAAAAGAGGAUAUUGUGAAACAGGACAUCAAGUUGAUAUUAAAAGGCAAGGCGUACUGGAACAAUGUCGUACAAGAGGAACUUGACAGAAAUAAAGCAGUAUUUAAAUCUGUGAAAGGUGCUCGCUCGAUCAUUUGCUUGGACAUAUCAGAAAGUAUGACUGAAGCUUGGACAGAAGCACAUACCUUCUUAACAGACUAUCUUGAAGGCUUAGAAAAGAUGUCAAAGUAUCAAGAUUUGAAAACUGAACAUGUUGCCCUUUUAACAUUUGGACAUGAGACAAAGAUUCAAAUGGCAUACACGGACCGUUUAUAUGAUGUUCGGAAGAAACUUGAUGGUAUAAAACUUGGUGGACCUACUCAGAUGUAUGGUGGAAUUAUGGUAGCUCGAGCAGCGGCGAUCAUUUCUGAACAUCAUUUAGAACGACUAAGUAAUGAUGCCCCUGUCUAUACGAAGGUUAUUAUGGUAACUGAUGGAAGACCAACAGAAUUGAAUUUAUUUGCUGGUCCAGAUAUUCCAAAUAACAACAAACUGGACGAGACAAAGGCAGAAAUAUUACAACAACUGGAACGUUUACGUCCGUACAGCGUUGAUGUGUAUUUUGUUCCUGUUGGCAGUUCAGACAUGGAGUUUAUCGAUACGAUGGUCAUUUGUUCAAAUGGAAUUCUUCUAGACUACAGACAAGGAAAUCGUUUGUCUAGGAGGCAAUCCUUGAUGGCACAGCUCUUGAAUCCAUUGCAACCGACGCCAUAUGUUCAGCUAAGUGGAUCGAUAACUGGUCUGUCUGAAGACGACAAGGAGGACAUAAUGAACAUAAAAGGAAGGAUUAGAAAGCAACCGAAUCCGUAUUUUGAAAGUAAAAGUAAACAAUUGCCCUUGGUCGGUAGCCGCGUCCGACGAGACCCUGAUUGGAAGGAAGACAUGGACGACAGUAACGACAAUGGUCCAGGGACGGUGAUAGGUCAUUGCAGAUGUGAAAAUCACAUAUAUGUUGAGUGGGAUGCAGAUGGAUAUCUAAGACUCUAUACUUACAAACCAAACGCAUAUGAAGUAUUUGUUGUUGAUGAACCAAGAGGGUUGAAACCGGACGAGAAUAUAGCGGUAGGCUGUGAAGUGAAACCAGGCAAGGACUGGAUGCGCUUGGAGGGUAAAAUGAAUACUGGUGUUGUCAUAAAGCUGGACAGAAAAAGCAAGAAAGCACAGGUUCGAUGGAAUACUGGUAAGAGAGGAGAUUACUCAUACGGCGGUGAUGGCAUACAGGAGAUAGAAGUAAUAACACGCAUUCGUGGAGCCAGCACCCACACCAUAAAUUCAAGCUUUACUUCGAGCACUGAAUAUGAAACUCCGCCCGCCCUGACCAUCGAAGAAUUUGCAGCUAAAAAGACCAGGAAUAAAAAUAAGAACGUAUUUAAGUGAUACAGUGUCUGAAGUCAGAUUGUGUAUUUACUUUUCUGUGGUGAUUGACCAGACCUGUACAUUAAUUUAAAUUGAUGGACUUACCUAUUAUGUCUUGAGUCACUGUAACUGUCCUUAGGCUGUACGAAAAUAGGACCUGUUUUACAGAUGUAAAACGUCUGUAAAAGACCUGUAUUUUGAAGUUAAGUUACAGCUGUAAUACAGUUGAAUUAUAUGGCUGUAAAACAUGCAGGUCUCAAAAUUUUUAUUUGAAAGUUACAGCUGUAAAACGGUCAUGGAGUAAGUACUAUUGUUUAAUUAUCUAUUUAGUUGUAAAAGGACAGUAUGAUUGUUUAAGUGCAUACAUUAACUAUUGACACUAUAGUUGAAGAUGAUAAGUUUAAAAAGCAUGUUAAGAGUAUGAUAAUGUUUAAAUGAUCAUCUAUAAUGUCAUCUCCUUAUUUAUGUUUUCCGUCAUUGCAAUAGGCAUUUCAUUGCAGCAACACACUGUCAUUCAAAAUUUGUGAAUGCAUUGUCUUUAAAUAAUUGAUAUUAUUUUAAAGAUGAAUGUCUUGAGUAUGUAUUUGAAUAAAUAUGCUAUUUCUUUUUAAAGAAUUACAACAUUAAUUUUACUUUGAGAGAAAAAAAGCUUUCUACCUGA